AUGUUUUUUGGAUUUCAAACAAAAAUUAUAAUUGUCGAGCUGCACAUUCACUUAUCUAAUUUGAGCAUUGCUCUGAAUGUAAUACUAAGAGAAGGAAACCAAAUAAAAUAUUUUAAGGAAGCUAACUGUCAAGCACUUGCUAAUAUUGCUGGUGGAACUGUUACAUAUUUGCGAACAACCACAACAGAUGAAUACUUAACUGGUACGACUGCAUUGCUUACAUGUGAAUUAGGACGAACCUUAGUCGGCAACUCCGUAAGCACCUGCAAAUCCAAUGGUGCUUGGACUCCAGCUAUUGGAAGCUGUCAGUCGGGGACAGGAAAUUCGGCUUGUACAGAAAUAACAGUGAGCAAUGGCAAAGUUAUUUAUGUCCAAGCAUCAUCUUCGUCCUUGUAUCAGCAAGGAACUACAGCAUUUCUGGUGUGCGAUUUUGGUUUCUUAAUCACUGGAAAUUAUUUUGCAACCUGUAGUAACGGUCAGUGGUCUCCUUCUCCCGGUUUUUGUAAAUCUCUACUGAACAAUAAUACUGGGGGGCCAACUACAUGUUCGCCAUUUUCAUCAGUUGCUAAUGCUCAGAUCUACUAUGUUCAACGUUCAUUGUCUACUCAAUACGCGGUUGAUACAAUAGCGAUUCUAGUAUGUAACACUGGGUUCUAUCCUUCUGGCAGCCUUAUUUCAAAAUGUACAAGUUCAGGCACCUGGGAAACACUGGGUACUUGUGUUUCUCUCGGCAGCUAUCCUAAUUCCGGCAGUACUAAUACCAGUAACAAUAGCGGUAGUGUUACUGGAGGUGAUUCAUGUCCUGAACUUGCUGCCGUCGCUAAUGGCCGAAUAAGUUACGAUCUGUUUAAGCCGCGCGGGAUUGGAACUUUUGCCACACUACUCUGCAAUUUCGGUUAUUUGGGAUCUGGAACCGCAAUUCUAUACUGCGAAAGUGGUGGGAGGUGGUCUGGAACAAUUGGAAGUUGUAACAGCGUAUUUGGCUCAGCCGCAGCAACUACUGUAGCAACUGGAAACUCGCGUUCUCAGUGUCCGGCAUUGACGGUUACAAAUGGAGCUGUUACUUAUUACCCGCAAGGUUCACGAACAGAAGGAACAAUGGCAGUACUAGCAUGUAACAUUGGGUACCUUAUAAACAAUAAUGCUGUUUCACUUUGUCAGAAUACCGGUGCUUGGUAUCCAUCGAUUGGUAGUUGCCAGUCGCUUAACUCAGGAGCCUUCCAGCCGCCCAACUCAGGAGAUUCCCAGUUGCAGUGUUUUCCCUUAUAUGCGUUGAAUGGCAAUAUCAUCUAUGACGCUCUAAACCCAAGGAAGCCAGGUACUGCAGCCACUCUGGUUUGUUCCAUAGGUUUUAUUCUGCAAGGAAAGAUGUCGGUAACUUGUAAUUCAAACGGCUUAUGGAGCGGUAUGUCCAAAAUGAGUAUAAAUUUUGACACUGUUAUUUACGUGGCAGCUACAUCUCACAGUUGUGAUCUCUUUCGGAACUUCAGUUUCAUCUACAUACUACAACGAAUCGAUAUGUCUAGAAUUGGAAGAUGA